CUGUUUAUGUUUUGGUUUUUAGCUCAGUGCGAAUUGGGCUUAAGAGCGAAGGCAGCACUGCAAAGCUAAUUACAGCGCUUUUCGUUUCGUUGAAUUAAAUGUUGUGUUUUAUUUACGUUAAAAAUAUGUAACGUUUAAAUCCAAAUACAGGUCAUCACUCAUAAGCUGUCACAACAUGCGAGUCAUAACGUGCAAAAUAAACAAAUGUGCUGGCUGUGUUAUUUUGCAGCAACGACUUUCAAAUACAAAUACAAUACAGGCAGCUUUGUGUGCUUUUUGAAAAUGUUCAGGUUUUUAAAGAUGAACAAUAAAAUACGGUGAUCGAGUAUAUACUUUGCAUUGCUCCUGUGUAAUUUCUGUAUUGUGAAUUAACUUUGUUUUCAGUAAUGCCUACGAUAAAAUCUGACGUUUUGACUAGUAGUCUUUAUCAGUGCCUAGGUGUAUGUAAACUGUAACAAAGCUGUGUGUCUUCAUUUUCCCACCCUUAUGUUUGUGAAUCUAGUGGCAGUCAUGGAUUAGGGGCAGGUGUGGGACACAGAGAUGGCCCUUCGCCCCAGACCUGGCUCUCUGGUCCUGUCAGACUGGCAACGAUCACCAGAGAGCAGGGACUACUUCAACAGCAUCAUGCACAGAAACCGGAGAAAGCACUUUGGUCUGCUGGAGGCUCCUGUCCUGCCACUGCAGGCGGCUGCUGACACUGUCAGCUACAAGGUCUUUGUCUCUGGGAAGAGCGGAGUGGGGAAAUCAGCCCUGGUGGCCAAACUUGCUGGGCUGGAGGUCCCCAGCAUGCAUUAUGAGACCACUGGGAUCCAGACAACUGUCGUUUACUGGCCGGUGAAGCUGAGAGACAACGGGCGAGUCCUGCUGUUCCGCUUCCAGCUCUGGGACUGUGGAGAGAAUGCACUUCGGAAGUUUGACCACCUGCUCCCUGCUUGCAGAGAUCAGACGGACGCGGUUCUGCACCUGUUUUCCUUUACUGACCGCUCCUCCUUCGAUGACCUGUCCAAUCAGAUCACCCGCAUCUCUGAGUCAGCAGGCAGCAAUGUCAAGCUGGUGGUGGGCACCAAAUUUGACCAGUUCAUGCACACGGACGUGACGGAACGGGAGCUGAGAGAGUUCCAGCAGGCCUGGGCUGUGCCCGUGUUUUGUUUCCAGAGUGCAGGGGGUGGGACGGGUCGGGCUGGACUGGCCGAUAUCGCACCCCUCCUCAACGGACUGGCAGAGCAGCUGUGGACUCAGGACCUACAGGCAGCCAGGCUGCACACCUGCUAACAAGCUCGGACCUGAUACUAACACUGGGGUGGAUUGCACUGUUCAUUCAAUGACAAAAAACUGCACUGCUAACAAGAUAAAAAAUAGACUGCACUCAUGGACCAGUCCAAAUAAAUUACUUAGAGUAACCUGCUGCCAACAAGCUCAGAUUAGACUUGCUGCUCAAUGUAUUCACAGAGCAACUUAUAUGCAAGAGCUGGACAGAAGCAUCCGUUUACUGCAGUCAUCAGUAUGGACAGCGCUAACAAAAUGCACUGCACUUGGACCCAAUUUAAACUGACCUAGUGAAUUAUAACCAUAUAGGAAAGGACAGCAACCUGAAACCUCUCUAAAAUCCCUCUUGAACCAACCAGUGGCACAGCAGACUGGGAAUAGUCACUGCACUUGGGAUUCAGUGAGUAUUUGAUCAGACAAUGCCAGCUCACAGUAAACUGCUUUCAGGUUUUCCCUAAAACUUUCUGGAACCGAAUCAAAAACUAAUAAACUCUAAUAGAGACUUCAAAUAAUGUCAUGCAUGUCUGCUCAGCUGCAUCUAUCUCUGAUACUGGCUGCUAACAGCUGGCAGCAAAUCUGUUCAUCUGGUAAUCGGUUCUGACAACGGUGACACCACCUGUCUUAAAAAAAAAAUUAAUAUAAAAUACAACCUUGUUAUAUUUAAUGAAAUUUGAGUAGUCCGUCCAGGUGUAUGUUUACAGUUUCCAUUCUGUUGUGAUUGAGUAGCUUACUGUCACGUCCAGUAAUCACAGUAGUUUGAUGCUGUCUAUAAUGUGGACAGAACUGUAUUUUGCUAUUGCUGCAAGCAUGGUGCAGAUCAGAAUGAAGAAAUAAAUGGAACACUGCAGUUAAUAGGAUACGGGGAAGCAUGUUUUCUUUAAUAUACCAGGGGCUUUUUACUGUGUUGUGUAUUACAAUUACAAACAUGUUGUGGGUUUGCACUAUUAAGCAGUACUGUAUUUGCAAAGGAAAAGUGAUAAUGCAAGGAUGAUUUUUUUUUUUUAUAUACUACUCACUACUAGCCUAUACUAAAUACUUGUGUUAACAGAAAAGCAAUAAUGUAUGCAUUAUAACAAUAUUAAGGUGUUUACUUUCGUUUUGUGGUUAAUGUACCUUUGUUUCAAUUGGUGGUGCUGCUGUGCCAGAAUAUACAAAAAAAAAUGAAAUGUUUCAUUUUAAACUGUUCAGUUAUUAAAAAUAUAUCUACAGUUUCAAUUUUCUUUACCAUGUAUAACAAGUAAAUGACACUAAAAGUAUAUUGAAUGCCUUUGCUUUUGUAUUUUAUCUACAGAAACCCGUGAGGGAAUGACAGCUUUAUUAAGUUGGCUGUACAUUUCUCUUUAUAAUUAAAAUAUUGUGUAAUUCC